AGCCAAGAUGGCGGCCAGGGCCCGCCGGCGACGACGACAACAACAACAACAUCGUUGCCGCCGCGUGUGAGCGGGGGACUGAGGGGAGCGCAAGGGGGCCGCCACCGUCGCCACCGCCGCCGCCAUCAUGGCCCGGCACCGCAACGUGCGGGGGUAUAACUACGACGAAGAUUUUGAAGAUGAUGAUCUUUAUGGCCAGUCUGUGGAGGAUGAUUAUUGUAUUUCGCCAUCAACAGCUGCCCAGUUUAUUUACUCAAGACGGGACAAAACUCCGUCAGGUGUUGAGCCAGUAGACGAAGAAUACGAUACCGAAGAUCCAAAAGAAUCUACCAACCGCCAACUUAGUGGACUGGAUCAAGCUCGACUUUACUCAUGCCUUGAUCACAUGAGAGAGGUGCUUGGGGAAGCUAUACCAGAGCAGAUGAUGAUCGAUGCAGUUUUGAGAAGCAACUUUGAUGUGGAGAAGGCUUUAGAAGUAGUGCUUGAACAGGACAGAAAGCUGGAUUUGAAAAAUAAGAGCAAGGAGAAAGUGGCCUCAGGAGAGAUGACAAAAGGAAAAUCAACAGAUUCUCAGGUCUCCCGAAGUGAAUCCGAGAUUGGGCCCAAAGUUGCCAGGAUGACAAUAUCUGGAAAGAAGCAAACAAUGGGAUUUGAAGUUCCUGGGGUGACUGCUGAAGAAAAUGGCCACAGUUUCCAUACACCUCAGAAAGGACCUUCUAGCGAAGAUGUCCCCGUUGCUGGUUCGAGUGUUUUGGAGGCAGAGCCGAACAUAACUCCAGCUUCAGUGAAGAAGCCUGGCAAAUCCAAACCGCAAAUAGAUGUGAAAGCCGAACUGGAGAAGAGGCAAGGAGGAAAACAGCUGCUCAAUUUAGUGGUAAUAGGUCAUGUUGACGCUGGGAAAAGUACUCUCAUGGGCCAUUUGCUGUAUCUUCUGGGUAAUGUGAACAAACGAACUAUGCAUAAAUAUGAGGAGGAAUCUAAAAAGGCCGGAAAAGCUUCAUUUGCAUAUGCAUGGGUCCUGGAUGAGACUGGAGAAGAAAGAGAAAGGGGAGUAACAAUGGAUGUGGGUAUGACAAAGUUCGAAACCAAGACUAAAGUUAUUACGCUGAUGGAUGCACCAGGUCAUAAGGAUUUCAUUCCAAAUAUGAUUACAGGAGCCGCCCAGGCUGAUGUUGCUGUCCUGGUUGUGGAUGCCAGCACGGGAGAGUUUGAAGCUGGAUUUGAGACUGGAGGACAGACAAGAGAACAUGGCUUGUUGGUUCGCUCUCUCGGAGUCACUCAGCUGGUGGUUGCAGUAAAUAAAAUGGAUCAGGUUAAUUGGCAAGAGGAAAGGUUUCAGGAAAUUAUCGGUAAACUUGGGCAGUUUCUUAAGCAAGCUGGUUUUAAGGAGAGUGAUGUAGCUUAUAUUCCCACAAGUGGUCUCAGUGGUGAAAAUCUAAUUACAAAAUCUCAAUCAAGUGAACUCACAAAAUGGUAUCAAGGACUAUGUUUAUUAGAGCAAAUUGAUUCAUUCAAGUCUCCACAGAGAGCUACUGAAAAACCCUUUCGAUUAUGUGUAUCUGAUGUUUUUAAAGACCAAGGCUCUGGAUUUUGCGUGACUGGUAAAAUUGAAGCUGGUUUCGUCCAGACUGGAGAUAGACUAUUGGUGAUGCCUCCCAAUGAAACUUGCACUACAAAAGGAAUAACUCUGCACGAUGAACCAAUUGAUUGGGCAGCCGCCGGAGAUCACGUUAGUCUCACAUUGACCGGCAUGGAUAUCAUCAAAGUCAAUGUCGGCUGCGUAUUUUGUGACCCCAGAGAACCCAUUAAAGCCUGCACUCGUUUCAAAGCACGGAUCCUCAUCUUUAAUAUUGAAAUUCCCAUCACAAAAGGAUUCCCUGUGCUGUUUCACUAUCAAACUGUCAGUGAACCGGCUACUAUCAGACGAUUGAUUAGCAUCCUGCAUAAAAGUACUGGAGAAGUCACAAAGAAAAAACCCAAGUUGUUGACGAAAGGCCAGAAUGCGUUAGUAGAAGUGGAGACCCAGAGACCGGUGGCUCUCGAACUGUACAAGGACUUCAAAGAGCUGGGGAGGUUCAUGCUGCGUUACAGCGGCUCCACCAUCGCUGCAGGGGUCGUCACCGAGAUAAAAGGAUGACAAAGGGGCCAGAACUUCAACCAUCUAACCAAAAGCCGUCCAAUAUUUUAAUCUCCAUUUUCAAAGAAUCCAGUUACUCAAAGAAGCAAGGUGCGAUUAAGCGUUUUUAAAAGAGAGAGCGAUUAAAGCUACCUAGGCUGCAAGGAAGUAUUAAUGCUCCCUUCUUCUUUCGGGGUAAGAUGCCAACUCGGAGAGAACGCUCGUGUCGCACCUUUCAUUGCAGAAACAUCACGUGGUGUUAUCCUUUGUGAAAUUUUAGCUACGUGGGCGCCGCUUACCAAGAUACAUGGACACUCUUUCGGGAAGAUUUAUUUGAAUCAUCAUGAAAUGAUAUCCCCUUCCCAGGCCAAUGGCAGAACGUUUACACACUUGUUUGAUUUGCAAAUUUACUGCACAUCCUUGGAUAAAAAAUGGCAUAAUUUGACUGUUAACCGUAGUCUAAGACUUUCAGAUUAGCUCUUCAAAAACGCCGCUCUCGUGAAGAUGCGAAGAGCAGCAUGUCGUGUUGCCUGCGGAGUGUCCCUCCUGCCCACAACAUAAAAGCGCAUUUCAUUUGAACCUUUGUGGAAGCUGUACCUGCAGUGGCCAAUUUUAUUUAAGAAAUGUAAAGCAUACACAAAAUAAAAUACCUUAGUUUGAGCAUAACAGAAA